AUGGACCACCUGACUGCGCUCUUCCAGGAGAUGUGGCGUCAAGGUGAAGUCCCGCAAGAUUUCAAAGACGCAACCAUCGUGCAUCUCUACAAGCGCAAAGGGAAUCGCCAAGUCUGCGACAAUCACCGCGGCAUCUCCUUGCUGAACAUCGCCGGGAAGAUCUUCGCCCGCAUCCUCCUCAAUCGCCUCAAUAACCAUCUGGAACAGGGCCUUCUGCCGGAAAGCCAAUGCGGCUUCCGUCGUCAUCGUGGGACCACGGAUAUGAUCUUCGCCGCCCGUCAACUUCAGGAGAAGUGUCAGGAGAUGCGGACUCACCUGUACUCUACCUUCGUGGACCUGACGAAAGCCUUCCACACGGUGAAUCGUGAAGGACUGUGGAAGAUCAUGCAGAAAUUCGGCUGUCCGGAGCGAUUCACUCAGAUGGUGCGUCAGCUGCACGACGGUAUGAUGGCGCGAGUCACAGACAACGGAGCUGUCUCAGAGGCAUUCGCAGUGACCAAUGGAGUGAAGCAGGGCUGCGUACUGGCGCCUACCCUCUUCAGUCUUAUGUUCUCUGCCAUGCUGAUGGACGCCUACCGCGACGAACGCCCCGGGAUCCACAUCGCCUACAGGACGGACGGUCACCUGCUCAAUCAACGGCGAAUGCACUUCCAAUCACGCGUAUCCACAACCACCGUUCACGAACUCCUCUUCGCCGACGACUGCGCCCUAAACACCACCUCGGAAGAGGAAAUGCAACGGAGCAUGGACCUGUUCUCCGCCGCCUGCGAGAACUUCGUUCUCGUCAUUAACACGCAGAAGACGGUGGUGAUGCACCAACCGCCACCCAACUCAGCCAGAGCCCCCAACGCGCCGCCGCAAAUCAGCGUGAACGGAACCCAACUGCAGGUGGUGGAGAACUUCCCGUAUCUGGGCAGUUCUCUCUCCCGCAACACCAAGAUCGACGACGAAGUCGCCAACAGGAUCUCGAAGGCCAGUCAAGCCUUCGGUCGCCUCCAAAGCACAGUUUGGAAUCGCCACUGUCUUCAGCUGAGCACGAAGCUGAAGAUGUACAAGGCCGUCAUCCUGCCGACACUACUAAAUGGAGCGGAGACUUGGACGGUGUACGCAAAGCAGGCACGUCGUCCGAAGCACUUCCACCUCAGUUGUCUUCGUCGCAUCCUGAGGCUAAAGUGGCAGGAUCGAAUCCCCGACACUGAUGUGCUGGAAGGGACGGGAAUCCUCAGCAUCUACGCCAUACUGAGGCAAAUUCAGCUGCGCUGGAGCAGCCACCUGGUGCGCAUGGACGACGAGCGACUACCCAAACGACUCUUCUACGGAGACGUCACGACGGGUUCUCGCCGUCAAGGAGGCCAGAUUCGCCGUUACAAGGAUACCCUGAAGUCUUCCCUGAAAUGCCUGCAAAUCAACCCCACCAACUGGGAGGAGCUCGCACUCGGUCGACUGACCUGGAGGAGGACAGUGAAGACAGGCGCUGCGAUAUACGAAGCCAACCGCAUCACUGCCGCCAAAGCGAAACGUAAAGCCUGCAAAUCACAACUUCGCCCAGUAAGCAACGCCGCCGCACAACCGCUUCCAACGUUUCAUCGAUGUGAACGGACAUUCCGGGCUCGAAUCGGACUUGUUGGACAUCUUCGGAUUAACUGCGCCUCUCGAACAGCACCAACCAUCGUCCCCCCGCCUGCCUCUUCCUCCUCUCCGCCGCCAACUAACCCUGACAAUUCUUCUGACCCACCACUUCAAUCAUCCUUUUCCUCCUCCUCCUCCUCCUCCUCCUCCUCCUCCUCCUCGCCCACUGCUCCAACGGCGGCCGCUCAGGCGACUGUCCCGCGCACAACAACCGACACUACCACAACCUCCCCCGACUCCAGGGAUGAGGAUCAGGACUACACCUGCCCUCACUGCGACCGUACCUUCACCUCACACAUCGGCCUGGUCGGCCUAUUCGGCCACAUGCGCAUCCACGACGACCUGCGGUAG